AUGUCUUUUAUAAACAAACUGAUUACAGUGGUUAUAAUUGUUUUAGUAGCACUGAAAACCGAAGACAAGUUGGAGUACCAUUUCUAUCCGGUCAGCGGAAGGCAAAUUCAAUUUCGUGUCCAAGCGGCUCAUGAUGCCCACAUUGCCUUGACCUCUGCCCCUUCCGAGACUGAUAAUAUGCUAGAGAUCUUCAUUGGGGGUUGGCAGAACACGAAAUCCGUCAUCCGCAAGAAUAGAACGAAACCUGAAGUAGCAGAAGUCGAAACUGUAGGCAUUUUAGAUGCCAAUAAGUUGCUGGGCUUUUGGAUAAGGUGGAACGAUAACAUAGUCACUGUUGGCAAAGAGAACGAACCCGAGCCUCUACUCGUGUAUGAAAAUAUAGAGCCACUUGAGAUUACCCACUUUGGGGUUUGUACCGGCUGGGGUGCCAGUGGCGAAUGGCUGAUUGAAGAAAGGUGCAUUAUUUAUGGUGAUGAGGGUGCACAAGACGAGGCACAAGCCGAGGAUAUUUCAGAAUGUAUUCCACUCACUGUUGGUAAGGAGAAUGAAUCCAAGCCAUUCCUCAGCUACAAUAAUCCAGAUCCAUUGGAAAUCACCCACGUCGGCAUUUGCACCAGCUGGGGUGCUACUGGCCAAUGGCUGAUUGAUGUCAAUACUUUUACCUGGGUCGACGCAAAAAACGGAGUGAUACCACCUGGUGCUGUGGUGGCUGGUGAGGGUAGCGAGACUUUGUAUGUCGGCAGAGCCCAACACGAAGGCGCGCUUUUGCCUGGAAAAGUCAGCUCUGAGCACGGCGUGUGUUACGUACCUUGGCAUGGAAAGGAGAUCUCGAAGAAAGAGUAUCAGGUGCUGUGCGGCUUUGACGGAAAGUGGGUAAAAGUAGUGGGUUCCGACCUUCCACCAAACGCCGUCCAAGGUGGUGUGAGCGAAGAUGGCGAACCCCUUUACAUUGGCCGCAUCACUCACAUGGGUACCAAAAUCCCCGGGAAAGUGCAUCCAUCGCACGAGCGCCUUUACAUCCCUUACGAUGGUGUCGAAAUUGCCUUUGAAGAAUUCGAAAUCCUCGUUGAUUAG